UACAUCGAAACCCCCCUACCAAUCGGUGUGUCAAACGACCAUUAAACGCGGUAUGAAGACAAAAAUACUCGUUCCCCAACAGUUCCAACAAUACUCCUUCAGUUUCAUUGAGAAUUUCUCCUUCUUUUUAUUUCACUAAAAAGGAAAUGCAUCCCAGAGAUAUAAGACACACAACUACGUAUCGACAUUGAUGAUUUAGAACAAAAACAAAAAAUCCAACCUAUUCUGGUCAACCAUUUUGCCACUCAGGAAAGAUGGCCGUCCAAGAAACACGGGUUUUACUCUUAUUUUUACCGUAAAAUCUAAUCGGUUUAGUGUCUCAAGUGUUGAACAAGUGUUUGUUAAGUGUGUUAAACAAUGAAUAAUAGUGAAUAUUCCAUUGAAACAAAUGAAUUCAAUGAUUAAUCCACAUUUAAUUCUCGAAAGAAAUCAUUCAAAACUCUGUCGUGUGUGACAUCUAACCUCAAAUUUCGUUUACUCCUGUGGUAAUAGUACAAUUUCCACAUAAUAUCCGCUGUAUUCCCUCCCAAAUAUCAAUUAAAAAAUAUAAAUUGAAUCAAACUACGACAAUUACCGUCAAAACUUGUCCAAACUCACGAAUCAGUGCCUCAUAGAUUAAUUCCAUAUAUAUGAAACGUGUAUAUAUAUGCAUUCUAACUCCUACUCAUUCGCUCUCAAAACGUCGUUCAGUGUCUGACCAUGCAUUUGCAUGUGCAUCAUUACGUUACUUUAAAACAUUAGACGCAUAAUUCUAACCUUCGUACGAGAAAAACAGAGAAAAAAAUGCUGCAAUUUUCAUACUAUCAACUGGGUGCAUGUAGUAAAUACUGGCUGUUGUUUUUACUAGUGAUUGGAAUACCAGUAAAUUCCUUAACUGAAUCAUAACAUUUCAAUUGAUGGACAUUACUCAUUAUCAAGUUGUUUCCAACUCCAGAAAACAUUUUUAUUUUAUCAUUUUGUCAAUAAUCAUCAAGAACCAUCAGCGGAGAUACAAGGAUUACAGUGUUUUGCAAAGAGUUGACGUCCAUCAGAAUCUAGUGUUUUUUGUAGCAAAUACUUGAUGCAUUUGACCUUGUUGUACUCUCAAAGAUUUAUAAAUAAACAUUUUUAAUUAAGUAUAAGUAUACGGUGGAUAUCAUGAUGGACGAGAGGAGAGUUGCGGAUUAUUUUGUUGUUGCUGGUCUACCUGGUGCGAAUGAUGACAGUGAUAAGGAGAAUGAAUCAACUGAGAAACUUGAGAAUUGGUGUCAAGAGGGGACACACCUCAAGGAUAUGCAUAUGCAGGCACCUAUCACUGAUUUGGCAGUGAUAUUUACAUCAUUAGGGGAAAAGUGCCCUGAGGGCUUUAUAUGCUUGGAGCAAACUGUCUCUGGAUUUCCAGCUGACCUCAAUCAUGGAAGUUUAAGGACUAAUGAGUGUUAUUUGUGUUAUCGGAGGGGAAGGGACAAACCCCCUCUUGUCGAUAUUGGUGUCAUUUACGAAGGAAAAGAACGCAUAAUGGUAGAUGCCAAAAUGAUCGAGAAAACCCCUUCAGGUCAUAUAGCAAAUAUCAACAAUUCUACAUCGAAAAUAUUCGUAACAUACAGACGUGCAAGUCGCAAGAUGCCAUGCAACUCAUUAGUAGUAACCGAUAUUUGUGUAAUAUUGACAAAUAAAGGUGAAACAGCGCCCCAGGCCUUCUGCACCAUAAACAAGAAUCUUAACAAAGGAAUGUUGGGUAGUGACGUUUUUCUUUGCUACAAGAAAUCAAUGGAUCGAGCCAAUCUCAUAUCCUUCAAGCCAGCGAUACUCUACAAAUAUCCAGUCACUGAUUACAAUAGUUUUGGAUUUCCCAAUUCAGUUGCCAUGUUCUGUUUGCCCAUGGGUGCAACCAUUGAGUGUUGGCCAAAGGUUGCCUACAAGCCUAAACCAGUUUUCUCAACUUUUGUUCUCACUGUUGCUGAUGCUGCCCAGAAGAUUUACGGCUCAGCGAUAACCUUCUACGAGGAAGUAGUGCCAGACUCCAAUGGCUCAAACAAUACAGAGCCCCUCGAAAUACUAGAGAAAUCUGAUAAAACAGAUGGUGAGAAUAUCACAGAGAACAAGCCCCAAGUGAAGAUGAAGAUAUUCAAGAAAUUUGGUGUUCUGAAGAGAUUGAAUUUAGCACAAUUGGAGAAACUCCAGUAUACAGACCCAGAGACUCAAUCUUUGAACAUCAGCAAAUCCAUCUGCAUCCUCUCCCACUGGCCGUUCUUCGAUACUUUCGAAAAAUUCCUUGGAUUUCUUCACAGCCUCACUGAUGGUAAAGCUCAGAGUAUACCCAUCGAAAAGUACAUUUCCUAUUUUCUCUGUGACAUACCAUUUCCUAGCCCCCAAAGGCCUAGAAUUUUCGUCCAACUCAGCAGCAUAGACAGACUAAUUCUCACUCAACCAGAGGACCUAGCUCUACCAAGAUCCGGUGCUAGUUUUCGUCAAUUGCUCAUGAAUCUUGGCCCUGACAAUUGUAUGCUGAUACUACUGCUGAUAUUAACUGAACAAAAGAUACUUGUCCAUUCACUGAGACCAGAUGUGCUUACAUCAGUGAGUGAGGCUAUCGCAAUGAUACUGUUUCCAUUUAAGUGGCAAUGUCCUUACAUACCUCUCUGUCCACUUGGCCUAGCCGAGGUACUUCAUGCACCGUUGCCAUUCCUAAUUGGCGUUGAUUCACGUUUUUUUGAUUUAUACGAUCCACCGUCCGAUGUUAAUUGUGUGAAUCUAGACACUAAUAAUAUUGUACUAUGUGAGGAUAAGAGACACUUGAAUACUAAAUUGCUACCGAAAAAAGCUGGUAGAAUAUUGAAGGGUGAUUUAGACAAGAGCUAUGCAAAAUUGAAUUCAUUGGCGAAAACGCAGUCGUCCCAGCGAGAAAAUGCGAGUGAGGAUUUUAGUGUUGAUAAGGAGUUUCAACAGAAAAGGAGGGAACAGGGACUAGAACUCGAAAUACAGAAUAGUUUUCUAAGAUUUAUGGCGUUGAUUUUGAACGGCUAUCGAAGUUACCUGUUACCAAUAACGAAAGCACCGACAGUUGGAUCUACUGAUCCCACUAGUCUUUUUAAUAUUCAAGCGUUCCUCAGGAGUCGAGACAAGGCGCAUGCCAAGUUCUACAGCAUGCUUGUGAGAACACAAAUGUUUAUAAGGUUCAUUGAGGAGAGCAGCUUUGUUUCGGACAUGGAUAUGGCAGGUUUGGCCUUCUUUGAUGAAUGCACGGAGAGAAUUGAAGAGGAGAACGUGACAUUCUUGGAACUCGAUGAAUCUCAACACAGUGAGAGAACUGUAUUCAUACCACCACCUGAUCCAGGCCCCAAUCAGGAGCCCCUUGUUUAUAAGACAUUUCAAUUGAAUCCGGAUUUGAUGAGGCCACAGAAGAAUCUCAGCUUGAAAAAUCCAGCUGUGAGUUGUUUUGGCAUAACACCCGGAAGUCCAAUGGCUCGUAGAACAAAACAUGAGAUCAAAGUCGCCCAGAAAAUGGCUCGUAAACAGGCUGGUCUGCCAGAGAGAUGGGGCAGAUGUCUUCUGGGAACCUGCUAUAGUCUAUGGUUCUUACAUCUACCAGGGAUGCUUCAGGUGUCUAGCCAACCUGCUGCUAUUCUUCAUCAGGCUUAUGAGUUGCUCGUGAAAAUGCAAAAGCUCAGAUUGGAUCCAAUGGAAGAGGUUUGCUAUAGAGCAAUGAUGCAGCUAUGUGGUGUUUAUGGACAGCCAGUAUUGGCAGUGAAAUUACUCUUCCACAUGAAACGCAGCGGGGUGCAACCAAACGCCCUCACUUAUGGAUUUUACAAUAAGGCUGUCCUUGAAGCCACGUGGCCUUCAGACAUGACCAACUCCAGCCAGCUAAUGUGGAACAAACUGCGUAAUGUUAUCGUGGGCGCCGCCUUGUUCAAGAGGGCAGGGAAAAAAAGUGCCAGGAGGAGAUUGAGUUCCAAUCCCGAAGUACUUAGUAUCGAUGGUCUCAAACACCAGGGGAUGGAACACUUGGCCACGUCCAGAUCUAGUCUCGAUAGUACACACUCACAUGAUCAAGAGGCGCUGAAUAAUGACUUAGCAUUGAAAGGCAGCUCAGUGCCGGACCUACCGAAUUUCGGAUUACUGGAGAUGAGGAAUAAAUUCCGCCGCCAGGAUAGUAUCGUUAAAGACACUGGAAUGCUAAGUGCAUCGCAGCCUGAGGCGCUGGAUGAGUCACCGACAGACUCGAGAUCAACACACAGUCCUGAAUCUCCUCUUAAGAGUCCCGUUCGAACUCCGGUUACCGAGAAUGAUCCACUUGGGGCAUUGAUGAACGACGAGACACCCAUUGUAUCGCCGUCCGAAGAGAAUGACUCGAAUUGCUCAACGAGUACACUGACUGUUGUUAAUAAUACGAUCGGUGAAAGACCCGGUGGGCCUCUUCUAUUUCGGAGCAAUGCCAUGCAGAGAAGCGCCACAUUUCAUCAGGCAGUCGAUGACUCUCCCGCUGCAGUCAGCAGUCAACUCCAGAGAAGUGAAACAAUGCCCCAUUCUGUUGCACAACAAGGUGAACAGGAGAAAGAACGAGACAGACUGGAAAUCAGCAGCCUCUGGUCCAACAAAGACAGUGUCACUUCUAGCUUAUCAAGUCUAGGCUCCAGUUUAAAGCUCAGUUUCGGACGAUACUCAGCUGGAGGUCUGGCGUUUGCUAAAAAUAAGGAUUUAAUAACCCAAAACUUUAGUGAGUCCCUUAAUCUCUCCAAUUACAUAAGUCCCUCGAGUCUCACUGGCAAGAAAUCCAACGAAAUAAUCCUGGGGGGCUUGAACAGUCUGAAAUCAGCAGCAACAACAGUCGUAAAGAAAUUCGAUGAAAUAAAAGAGGCGAUAUCAGUGACCAGCACCCCGGUAAAAUCGAAGGAUCGUGACCAACGUCUGGGUUAUGGUGUAUCCCACGAAUCUCUAGAUUCAUUGACCGAUGGAUCUCAGCAGGAUCGCAACGAAAUUACGGCGAGAAUGUCUGGGGACUCUGGCAUUGACGGCUUGGGUUCUCUAUAUGAAUUGGCAGACUGCAUGUAUCCAAAAGAAUCUCGAGAAUUCGAUGAACGUCCAGCGGUAGAACUUGUAAUCUCUAGUGCCAGCAGGUGUCAUCAUUGUAUGGCCAUACUCUAUGAUGAGGAGAUAAUGGCUGGGUGGAAGCCUGAAGACUCGAAUUUGAAUACUAUCUGUCAGUUUUGUGGAAAAGCCACAGUUCCUCUUCUCACAGUCACGAUUUUCGAUUACAGAUGCAAUGAGGGAGAAAAGAUCAACGAUCCUCUGACCGGUGCCCUGGUUGAGCUCCUUGAUCAGCCAAAAGAACUAGCAGAACCCAUAACUGUCCCUUACCUGAAUCCUCUUGUACUACGAAAAGAAUUGGAAAAUGUGUUGAGUCAAGAAGGUGAUACUUGCUUGACAAAGCACGGAUUCAUAGAAGAACAUUUAAUAGUCUAUUGGAAUUUGAUCUGGUAUUUCGAGAGGAUAAAUCUCAACAGCCAUCUGCCCGAGUUGUGGUUGAACAAUGACAGAGUCAAGGAUUUAUCCAGCAAUUCGAGUUUAGUGGGUGUAAGAACGCUGUGGGACAAUGAGAAACUGCACAUGAAUCGUUUACCAAUGUAUCUACAGUGGAGGCAGUGCACCGAAGACAGAACACUGAUGAAAAACGUCAUUGACAAUGUUCGUCGUAAUAACUUGACAGACCCAAUCAAACGUGUGGCCUUAGAGAGGAGUAAAGCCGAGGCGGCGGAACUAACACCAUUUUCUAUAUACAGAGAUAUUUUGUUUUUGGCCUUUACAGUACUUGGAAGGGGAAAUAUUGAUCAGGGUGUAUUUGAUCGUCAAUAUACGACCGCCUUGGAGAAUCUAGCCGAAUACGAGGGGAAAUUACGUAGCACUGAUGCAGCCCCGACCGCAAUGACUCUGUACUGCAGAUCCUAUUUCAAACAGUUAAACAUAUAAUCUAACUAAAAAACACGAACAAGUUCAAGUGGAAAGUAACAGUGUAUCAUAAGGGCUUUUUUUAACGAUUCAAAGUACGAAUUGUAUGAGAGUGAUGAGAGAAACUCGAGGGUAGAUGUCCCUCGUAAUUCGACACCAGAAAUGAUCCUCUGUAAGCUUAGAACAAACAAAACUAAGUAUUAGUUAAGUGCAAUAGGAGGAGAACAAAUCAGAUAGAAAUGAUUGAUGAAACAAAUUUUACGAUAUACUUUGGAUUAUCGUAUUGCCGACAAUAUUUACGCCGGUCGUUACAUCCAUUCCCCUUUCCCCCCGUUCUCUAUUAUUAGAAUUUUCAUCCUUUUUUUCCGCUUGAAUUGGGAUGAAAUAAUCCCAGAGGAUCGAAUGUUUCAUUACUUUAUUCACAUUAGGGGAAAGUGGGGCAAAAUGAAACAGUCAAAAAAGCAACUGUUUGAUGCAACUCAAGCAAAAAAUAUUUUUUUUGUAAAUUUUUUUUAUCAACUUUUUUUUGUUCUUGGGAGUUCUGAUGA